GUACUUGAAACGCGUGCUUGCUUAUUUCUGAAUUUUUCCGUCUCGCGGAUGCUGCUGCAAUGAAAUGAAAUGUUGCCGCUGUCUUUGUGUCUCUUCUCAGUCGACUCGUUGUUAUGGAGCGAUGCUUUAGGGAUGUUUCUGCUCCUUGUUCCUCGUCUCCACCGGUGUCACCUCCUCCUCCUGCUCAGGUCCUCGCUUCCCCUCGCCAGCCCCCUCCCGUGCCUCCCUCCUCUCACCUGUCAUCCCUGACUCCCCCUCCUCCUCAUCCUCCUCAUCCUCCUCAUCCUCAUCCUCCUCCUCAUCCGCACCGACCGAGCCCGAGCGUUGCAGGAGCCGUGAUGGACGUCGGUAAAUGGCCGCUUUUCUCGCUGCUCAGCGCCGAGGAGCUGGCCGACAUCCGACAGGCCUGUGUCUUCGGGACGUCUGCUAAUGAAGCCAUCUACGUCACACAUGGAAACGAGGUGUUUGUGGUUGGGUUGAACUGCAGCAGUUGCCUCGGGACGGGAGACAGCGUGAGCACUGUGGUGCCAAAGAAACUGGACUUCCUGCGGGGGAAGAAGGUCGUCAGCCUGAGCUAUGGCAGCGGGCCCCACAUCCUACUGGCUACAGACGACGGGCAGCUCUUUGCCUGGGGUCACAACGGCUACAGUCAGCUGGGGAAUGGGAACUGCAACCAGGGGGUUUCCCCCGUGUUGAUCACUUCCAACCUGCACAGUAAGAAAGUGACCAUGGUGGCGUGCGGCUCACACCACUCCAUGGCUCUCACCCAUGACGGAGAGGUGUUUGCGUGGGGCUACAACAACUGCGGCCAGAUCGGCUCAGGCUCCACGGCCAACCAGCCCUUCCCCAGGAAAGUCACCGGCUGCCUGCAGGGCAAAACCGCAGUGGGCAUCACGUGUGGGCAGACGUCCUCCGUGGCCCUGGUCGACAACGGAGAGGUUUAUGGCUGGGGCUACAAUGGAAACGGGCAGCUGGGGAUCGGAAACAACGGAAAUCAGCUGACGCCUUGUCGUGUGACUGCGCUGCAAGGGAUGUGUGUUCAGCAGGUCGUGUCGGGGUACGGACACUGCCUGGCGCUUACAGACGAAGGGCUGCUCUACGCCUGGGGAGCGAACACUUACGGUCAACUGGGGACUGGCAACAAGAGCAAUCAGCUGAGCCCCGUACAAAUCAUGGCCGACAAAGAGAGGGUUGUAGAGGUCGCAGCAUGCCACUCAACUCACACUUCAGCAGCCAAGACCCAAAGUGGCCAGGUGUACAUGUGGGGGCAGUGUCGGGGCCAGUCCAUCGUGCUGCCGCACGCCACCCACUUCGCCAGCACCGACGACGUCUUCGCCUGCUUCGCCACCCCCUCCGUCAUGUGGCGCCUCAUCUCCAUGGAUUACGACGACUUCCUGACGGUCGCGGAGGCUCUGAAGAAGGAGUUCGACAGCCCGGACACGGCCGAUCUCAAGUUCAGCGUCGAUGGCAAAUGCAUCCACGUUCACAAGGCUGUGCUCAAGAUCAGGUGUGAGCAUUUCCGUUCAAUGUUUCGCUCCCAAUGGACCGAGGAUCAGCAGGACGUGAUCGAGAUCGGCCAGUUCUCUUACUCCGUCUACAGAGCCUUCCUGCAGUUUCUCUACACGGACGCCAUCGACCUCCCGCCGGAGGACGCCAUCGGCCUUUUGGACCUGGCCACCUCGUACUGUGAAAACCGCCUGAAACGCCUGUGUCAGCAGAUCAUCAUGAGAGGGAUCACUGUGGAAAACGCCUUCACCCUGCUGUCUGCUGCCAUACGCUAUGACGCAGAGGACCUGGAGGAGUUUUGUUUCAGGUUUUGCAUAAACCAUCUGACUCAGGUGACUCAGACCGACGCCUACUGGCAAGUAGAUGGAGGGAUGCUCAAGGAGUUCAUCAGGAGAGCCAGCCACUGUGGAGCCUUCAAGAACUGAGUGGUACUCUUGACAGUCUUACAGUUCAUAUAGUGUGACCAGGUCAAAAAAUCACCAUUUCCUCUUGACCCAUCCCGUGACAAAAAGACUUCUUGAAAUGGUUAUUUAUAUAUUAAGGCACAUAAACGGCAGAAAAGUUGAACUGAAAUCCAGGCUGUAUUAUCUGUGGAUCGGAAAUCAGCGCUUCGGCCAAUUCCUGUGGAGUCGCUUGACGAACUCGCGCCGUUUUCCGUCAAGUUGCGCUGCAUUCCUCACGAGCUGUACUUGAAUUUUCGUCGUUCUCGGCCAGUGCUUGCAUUCAUCUUUUACUUUUUGGUAAAGGUCAUGUGAGAAAGCAGAGAGGCCCGGGAGGAUGGAAGGUGUGAAAAUGUGUGUGUUUUUUGCGAGGAAACUGAAAGAAAUUUUUUUUAAAGAUGUCUUGAAUAAAUGACUUAAACUGACCCGAAAUACUAUUAUACUGAAACGUAUGCUGAAACCAGGAAACCGUUAUUAAGACUGUUGCACUAAAACUUCUAGAAAUGCAACGCUGGACAAUCCAGGCACUGUUACAAUAUUAGCUUUUUUACUUACAUUGCUAAUAUAAAAUGCUUUUUAAGGCAUAUUAUUUGUUCGAAAAGCUUAAUUUUCCAAGCACAACUUUUUUUUUUAAUUAUUAUUAUUAUUCCUCUUUAAUUGUGUCGAGGCAAAUGGACAAAGUAGCAAACCUUUAAUACCAAAAUAAACGUAAUAAUUGCUGCAUAAUUUGUCACAUUACCUCAAGGUUUUUUUUUUCUGCAGAUAUAGAUAUAGUGAAAUGCGUCGCACUGGAGCUGCACAACACACUGCAGGCUAAAACACAAUGGUUUUUUUAUGUAUAUAUUCUGUUUUCUUGAGCGUAUGGUGACCAAAAACUCCUCAUGCAGCUUGUGCAUGGAGAGACGACGUUUUGCUUAGUCACAGAAAAUAUUUUAUUGGCUUGGUCAUCUGGCAGCAAGAGGGAUGACCUCAGUUUCUACUUCUCCGUUGGUUUCGUUUUCUUGGAAUGAAGUUAAGUUUUGGUUAAUGAGGUGGAAUGAGGUGCAGGUUUACAGUUCUUGUUUUGUAUGGAAAACGGAACGCAAACUGGAAAAAUGAGAUUGUUUUGCUUAUCAUGUUAAGAAUAUAUAUAUAUAUAUAUUGUUAAGCUUUUAUUUAGGACCAGUUUUAAAAUAUAUAUAUAGUCAUGCUUAACUUGGACAUGUAUCACCGUUAUCUCGCUGCAGCAUACCUGUGAUAUUUUAUUUCCAACGUGUUUUUAUAUUUAGUUAUGACGUUUUAAUGUUUCUGCAAAAAAAAUAAAUAAAUAAAUCAGAUUGUUGACACUUGA